ACAAAAAUUUUACAUACUGAGUCCGGACGUAGCUCUAGCCUUCAUUUUUCUCUGAAGAUCCAGAGAGUGAAAACAAUGGCGGAAGAGAAGGGAGUGAAGCUGCUGGAUUUCUGCUCCAACCCUUUCGGACAGCAAUGUAGGAUAGCGUUGGCGGAGAAGGGGGUAGAGUAUGAGUGCCUGGAACUGAACCUGUCGGACAGGAGCGAGUUGCUUCUCAAAUUGAACCCGGUGUACAAGAGGACCCCUGCUCUCUUUCACGAUGGGAAGACUGUGCGUGAAUCGCUUGUAAUUGUUGAGUAUAUCGAUGAGGUAUGGCAUGGCAAGUCGUCUAUCUUGCCUUCAGACCCGUAUGAAAGGGCGAAAGCUCGGUUCUGGGCUGAUUACGUCAAUCAGCAGUUCUUCGAAUGUGGCACCAGGCUGUGGAGAAAGAAAGGCAAGGCCUUGCAGGAAGCGAAGGAAGAAUUCAUCCAGAUCUUGAAGGCACUUGAAGCCGAGCUCGGUGACAAGAAGUAUUUCGGCGGCGAUGCCUUCGGGCUGGUCGACAUUGCUCUGGUUCCCUUCACGAGUUGGUUCUACAGCUACGAAACUCUCGCCGGAUUCAGCGUAGAGCAGGAGAGUUCUAAACUUGUGGCGUGGGCGAAGCGCUGCUUGGAGCGAGAGAGCGUGGCAAAGAGUCUGCAUGACCCGAAGAGCAUCUACGAGUUUGUGGAAUAUCUUAGGAAGAUGUAUGGCGUGGAGUGAAGGUGAAUGGGAUGGGAUUUGAAUUUGUUACCGUUGGUGUUUUACUGUGGUGGUGGUUGUUAUUCUCUUUUGGUAGCGGAGAUUUGUGUCUAGUUCUGGUUUGAAAUUAGUUAAAGGUUUUUUUAUUUGGGUUUGGGUUAUUAAUAAAUUGACAGUCAAUUAAUUUC